UUUAGUCUUCUCAUAAUUUCUUUUCUAUAGCUCGAGACAUUCAGAAGUGGGAAUAUGUUCCGCUUGGUCCAUUCCUGGCUAAAAACCUCGGCACAACAAUAUCUCCGUGGGUAGUAACCAUGGAGGCUCUUGCACCCUUUGUUGUGGAAAAUUAUGUCCAGGACCCACAGCCCUUUUCAUACCUUAAACAUGAAGAUCAGUAUAACUAUGAUAUAAAGCUAGAAGUGGGAAUUCGCUCUGAUGGUAGUGAUCAUGUGGGAACUGUGUGUUGCAGCAAUUUCCGCAAUAUGUACUGGACAAUGAAGCAACAGCUAGCUCAUCACACUGUCACUGGUUGUAACAUUUGCACAGGGGAUCUCUUGGCUUCUGGCACCAUUUCUGGACCAAGUGAAGAUUCAUUUGGAUCAUUGCUAGAGUUGUCAUGGCGUGGAAGUAAAACUGUGGACAUUGGUAAUGGAGCCACGAGGAAGUUCCUGCAGGAUGGUGAUGAAGUAAUUAUAACUGGCUAUUGCCAAGGAAAUGGCUACAAGGUUGGGUUUGGGUCAUGCACUGGCAAGCUGCUUCCUGCCCAUCCUCUCCAGUGAAGUCUAAUCAGUAUUUCUAAAUUGAUUGUGCAUAUACAGCAGUGGUAUAUUCUUGUUAGAACGUUUUUUCUUGUACAGUAAGCUUUUUCAAAUAUGGGCAACUAAAUGUUGGUGACAGCAGAAGCAGUGGAGAGGUAAAGAUGUAUUCAGUCCCUCUAGCCUUGUAGUCUUAUCAAAGUCAGACUUUCAUUGAGACUGAGCACUCAAGGCUGAGGAACUGAUCACCAGAUUUUUACCUCUAUUGCUUCUGCGGUCUCCAAUAUUUAGCCACCUCUGUAUUUGAUUGGAGAAGCCUUCUGUAUAGUCAAAAAAAAAUUUCAACACAAGAUACCUUACUUUUGUAUCUGACUUGCUCAUCUCCUGGUUGGUAUUAUAUGCCAUUAAUAUAACUGUAGGUGAGAGAAUUUAGAUUUUAAAGAUAAAUGUUUAUUAGUUUUGCAUUUGUCUUUUACACAAAUAUGUGGCAACUUUAUAGAAUAAAAAUAUACUUAAA